AAUACUUCACUGUCUCUUUAAGAAACAAGCUGUAGAGAGAAGAGGGAGCUAUGCAGAAAAAGAAGGGGAAAACCAGGGUUAAAUUUAGUAAGCUAGGCUUUGGUGUAAUAUUUAUACUGGGUUUUGUCCAGUUAUAUAAGAUUAUAUUGCCUAUUUAUUAAUCAUCCGGGACUAAUUUAUAACUUAUUUGAUCCAUCAAAAAUUAAAAUAUGAAUACAGUAAAACCUUGAUUUAACAGUCCAUUCAGAGAGAAGGUCAUGUCCAUUAAAUCCAAAUGUUUGUUAAAUCCAACUGUAUGUAUGUGAAUGUAUAUCAUUUCUGUAAUUAUGUAAUUGACCUAAAUGGCAUUAUUUGCAGUAAAGCCUAAGCUGAAUGGACAAACACUUGCAGGUGAAAUUUGCUAAACUGUGGUCAAUUACACCAAGGGUUUAACUUCAGAAUUUGUGUUGGGCAACUUGUAUCAAAUGCUGGUUAAAUGAUGUUAUUUAUUCAACAGAAUAAGGGGUUUAAAAACUAUGAGUUUGACAUACCACUCCUCAACACCCUGAACUAUGACCCAAUCAAGUUAAACACCUUUAUGUCCCAUUAAAUUAGAUGAGAAUUUUAAGUGUAUGCUUUAUUUUUCUGUGGUGUUGUGCACAUCAUAUGAAAGCAAAUUGGUACGCUGAAAACCAGUUUUGAAACUUAGCAAUCUUAUGAGAUUUGAUUGUGGUAUAACUCAGAAUAGAAGGGCAUGAGUUCCCUGUCAAAGAAAAUAAGCUGUAAAAAGAAUCCUACCUUACAUGCAAGCUACUUGUAGCUCAGCCCAUAUUUGAAAUCAGGGCAAAAAUUAAUUAUGUAGGAGGGCAGGGAGAACACUGAUAGCCCACUGAUUCUUAGGUAAUAGUUAAAUUCUAUUCAUACUAAUUUGGCUAUAAAUUAUAGAUAAAUGUUUAUAUUAUAUAAGAAGAACAGUUCUUUUAAUAUGUUCAUUUCAGGAUCAAACAUUAUGGGCUUGUUUAGCUGCUAUGGCAGUAGCCAAUAAAGAUAUGAACACCGCAGAAAUAGCCUAUGCAUCAGUUGGUGAAAUUGAUAAAGUUCAGUAUAUCAGUUCCAUCAAAAAUCUUCCAUCAAAAGAAUCAAGACUGGCUCAUAUUCUGCUUUUUAGUGGAAAUGUCCAGGAUGCUGAAACUUUGCUUCUUCAAGCUGGGCUUAUUUACCAGGCUAUUCAAGUUAAUAUUAAUCUCUACAACUGGGAAAGAGCACUAGAACUUGCAGUGAAACACAAGACGCACGUUGACACAGUGCUGGCUUACCGACAAAAGUUCUUGGAUGACUUCAGUAAAAAAGAAACGAAUCAGCGAUUUUUGCAAUAUGCAGAAGGGGAUUUCCACUUUGAGGCUCAGUUAUUAGCACUGAUGGAACAAAGCCAAACUAUGUUAGGGGAUAUCUCCUUACAGUUAUGAAAAUCAUACUGUGGAAAUACUGUAGAGCUAGAUAAUGUAGGUAUAGAGUUUUUAUUUUAUGGGAAAAGACAAAUAUUAAGGUUUUUUUCUGCUGCUGAAGCCUUCAGGUUUGUGGUUUAACCAGUACAGGCUAAUCCAGUGAAAGAUGCUGUCUUAACUUAUUCUGAUAUGGCAUUCUGAGGAAACAUUACAACAGUAGACAUGUUGUUUAGCUUAGUAAAGCUUUUCUAAGGUAUACUGAGUUUUAUUUGAAAAUCAUAUGCUGCUUUUGGCAAGCUGCGCCGUAAUGUUCACACUCCCCUGUAUAACAGAAGGUUAGAAACUUAGAACACUGUCAUAUGGGACUCAGCUAAGCCAGUAGUAUCUGGCAAGUCUUGAAUACACUAUAAUAGAUCACAAUAAGAGCCCUCUGAAACAAGAUAAAAUAGUUGUGGUAAAGAAAAGCUUCGUAUGGCUUUCAAAUCACAACAGAUAUCAUGCCAUAUUUGAUGGAAGUAGAGCCAUAAUCCACAGUGGGUAAGGAAGAAAGCUGAAAUCCAAGUAAUUUUAUUUCAGAAUCAAAUUCUCAUGUGACACAAGUUCAUCAUUGAGGGGAAAAAAUAUAACACAUUCUUGGACCCAAAGAACUUGAUCCAUGACAUAGGGGUUUUUUGGAUCUUGGCCAUUUGAUAAUCUUUACGAAAUUAACUAAUUUGUCAAACUGAGAUCAGUACAAAGAAAAUGGGCUAUUCUCUUUUUCCUUCUGUCCUAUAAAAUAUAUGUAUAUGUAUUUUAUAAAAUCAUAGAAUAUAUGACUUAGAAAAAAACAUACAGAUCAUCCAAUCCAAACCUCUGUUCAGCACAGAAAUUCUCUAACCCAUUCCUGGAAGGGUGUUAUCCAACCCUUGUUUGAAAACCUUCAAUAUAGAGAACUAAAGGAUCCCCACCAUUAUUAUAGGCAGUUUGUUCCUCUGUUUAACUGUUCUUAGCAUCAGGAAACUCCUGAUGAUAUUCAAACUGACUCUUUUUAUUUCAACGUACUGGUCCUUCUUCUGCUCUCAGUUUCAGCAGAGAACAGGUCUCCCCAUCUUGCACAUGAUUGCUUUUAGAUAUUUGUUAGAUUGCUAUUUUAGUCUUCUCUUUUGAAGAAAAAAAAAUGCACUCAGCUCCUUGGUUUCUAGACCCCUUAUCAUCCUGGUACUCUUUUCUGAACCCACCCCAUGUCCCUUUAAAAGUGUGGUUCCCAGAAGAUAGUACUCUCAAGUCCAUUCUGGACAGCAGAGAUUAUCUGCAGUUGACAAUUAUAUUAUUGAAAUCAGCAUCUUACUGUUGACAUGAUUACUAGUUAAGACAAGAAAUGCCAUAUUAAUUUGAUAAAUUUUGCCCAGUUUUAUUAUGUUCCUUAAAGAACACGCUGUUACAGAAUGGAGAGUAGAGGGGAGAAAAGCUAGUACAAAGCAUAAAUACUACAGUACUGUACUUGUGGAAACAGAUACAUUACUGGUGCCCAUUUUAUUUCACUUAUCUCUUGUAACUAUAUGUGCAGUGUUUCAUAAACUGGAAUUCUUGAAAGAAGUUGCUCAAAUAUUAUUCAUAAAUAGUUACAUAGUUACAUACAAUAAAUACAUUUCAGUCACAGUUACUAGAAAAGUCUGAAGACAUGUAUUGCACUCUGAAUUUUUUCCAUGUCAGUGAGUCAUAUAGAAGAGGUCAAAUUAUAUCUGCCCCAGCCAGUGGCUAUCAACACUGUUCUAAUAGCUUAGAAAAAAAUAGAUAGGAAUAAAUUUGCAUUAGUUAGACUACAAAUAAUAAGUAUUGUCCACAAUUACAGAUUUUUAAAUUUUACAGCUUGAAAAACAUACAUCAAGAUGAAUUAUUAAAUUAGAUACAGGACACACACACAAAAUGUUUUUAAUUAUCAGGUAAAAAAUGGCAUGUAAUGUUUUAUUUCAAUGGGACUUAAUUUACAGCUCAACUGUAUGUAUAUUUGUUCA